ACUAGGCGCGAGGGCAGCCACUUCACCAAAAGAUGAAUCAUCAAUUCACCAUAGAAUGCAGUGUGCCCCCCACAUAUAUUAUAUAUUUAAAUUAUAAAACAGUACGAUAAAAGGAGGGGGGGAAGAAUCAUCGAAUGCAGUGAUGCGAUGCGCCCCUCCUUGGUUCCCGGCCCAGACAUUCCCGUGGAAGUAGAAGCAAACAUCGAUUGCAACGGCGCAUCCUGGAUCUCGUCAUUGAUCCCAGUCAGUCCCAGCAGAACGAGCAGGAGAAGGCGACGCUCAGCGCGGGGUUCUUGCUGUUUCUACAGCCCCUAGGUACGGGCGCGGCGCAGUCACCAAGGCGGGCUUGCGGCCUCGCGGGUGCGGGGCGCGAGCGCGACCCCGGCCGCGACCUUGUCUAUACUCGCCAGCCGGGCGGGCGGGCGAGCUGUGGCAUCCGCGCACAACAAAGCUAGCUACGUACUCGUGAAAUUCGCGGCGCAGCGCAAGCGCGCGGGAGCCAGCGUGCCGGCGAGGCGCACCGAUGGGCUCCUCGGCGGCGGGCUCCACCCCGACGGCGCGGCAGCAGCGCGGCGCGGGAGUGGAUGCGGGCGCGGCGCCGUCGUCGUCGAGCCCCGUCUUCCUCAACGUGUACGACGUCACCCCCGCCAACGGCUACGCCCGGUGGCUCGGCCUCGGCGUCUACCACUCCGGCGUGCAAGUUCACGGGGUGGAGUACGCGUACGGCGCGCACGACGGCGCGAGCAGCGGGAUCUUCGAGGUGGUGCCGCGGCGGUGCCCCGGGUACGCGUUCCGGGAGUCGGUGGCCGUGGGCGCGACGGAGCUGAGCCGCGGCGAGGUGCGCGCGCUGAUGGCGGAGCUGGCCGCCGAGUUCCCCGGGGACGCCUACAACCUGGUGUCCCGCAACUGCAACCACUUCUGCGACGCCGCGUGCCGGCGCCUCGUCGCGCGCGCCCGCAUCCCGCGCUGGGUCAACCGCCUCGCCAAGAUCGGGGUCGCCUUCACCUGCGUCAUCCCGGGCAACGGCCGCGCCGCGCGCCCGCCCUCCGCCGCGAGCCGGAGCCGGAGCCGGUCCGCGCCGCCGCGGCCGCGGACCUUCUUCCGGACCUUCUCCGUCGGCCCGCGCAGGAACAUGACGGCGCCCUCCCCGCCGGCACACGCCUCGGCGUCAACGUCGUCGGGGUCCACCACAGGACAUGAUAAUGGUGAAUCGGGCGAGGGCGAAUGAACUUGAGGGGAAAAUUCUACUUUGCGAUUAGAGCAACGCAUCGCGAAAUGCAUCAGUCGUGGCUCUUGACUUUUUUUUGUCAGUCACAGCACCACAAAUUAAUUUGUGCUUGCGGAGUCAAGGGCAAUCCAAAAAAACAAAGCUAAUGAUGACGCACUGCUACAGACCGAAUUAAAUAUGCAGAAGAGAAUCAGAACAAA